AAACUACUGUAAACAACACAUGCGAGGACGUCCCGCAAGGCACCACCUCCUUACAUAGUAGUAGUACAGGUCCCUCUGUGGAUACCGCUCCAUUGUGGCCCAAGCGUCGAACGUGCCACAGGGCGAAAUCUCCGACGCCCCUGUUGUCGUACUCCGUAUUUGCAGGGCGCCGAGACACUUGUACUUGGGCGGAGCAUCGAUACGCGUCCGGCGCGCUACGCACCUGUUCCACUCCCUAAGCAUCACCACAACACAAUUCCCAGUUCGAGUCGUCCGAUAAAACUCAACCCGCCCACAAGCCCAUAAGCCCACAAGCCCAUCAAUACGCCCCCAUUCAACUUCGGCAGUUGAUUAUUUCGGCAGUCCCUGGCAUUUCUUCCCCUUGCUAGGCCGCGCAUCACAGCGCGUGCGGAACAGCUUGUGGAUCACCACCUGUGGGCGGGGCCAAGGACCUGGCAUGGUCAAAGGGCCACUUUCAAGACUAAUGCCAUACCGCGUCUCAGGCUAGGCCGGGUCGGCAUCCACAACAGGCCUCUAGUCACCAUGCAUCCACAAGCAGCCGCAACGCAUGGGCCAGAGCCAAACUCCAGAGCCCCUAGGAACAGGAAGAGGAAGAGGAACAGAGGCUCGGGGCAAGAUGCCCAAACCGGGCUGUCUGAGAGCAGUCGACCCGUCAAGCAGCUGAAAGGCACUGCCGGAAACCUGCAACCCGCCGCCGUCGUGAAGCAUGCUUUGCUGGCCCAGUAUUACCCCGUCACCUUGACCUUGCGGCAGUACGUGCUCGAGAGCCUGCCAGCAACGUCAAAGAUCCGACGCAAGAAGAUCGUUGCGAUAGGCGAGGCCGACAAAGCUGCAGCUGGAGACGCACAAGCAGGAACACAGGAUUCUGAAAAGGACCUGGCCAGACUGCUAGACACGACUUUGGUCGCUGCUCACAGCUAUCCCACAGCCUUCAAAGAGGCACACCCGGAUGGCCACUCCCAAAAAUUGACCGAGUUCUCAAAAAGGGGCGGCAAUUCUCAUGCGGCGCUCUCUGGCGUUGCUGCUAGUCAAGAAUGUUCUCAGGCUGAGCUAGUCGAGCACAUCAUCUGGGUACUCUUCGACAAAAAGGCCAUACCCAGGGCAAAGCCCCGUCACUUGCUGUGCGACGGUUUCUGCAGACAAGCUGGCCCGAGGCAGCAGUCAUGCUCAAUCCCGGGCGUGUACAUCACCGCUCCCAAUGAACGGGUUGCGGCUCUGAAACAGGCACCAUGGCCGCAGCUGCUUCUGCUGUUGGGCAAGGCUGGUCCGAAAAUCAUGAUCAAUAUCCUGGUAGAGUGUGCGGUUUUUCUUCCCGUUGAGGUCGGGCAAAACAAUUACUAUCAAUUGAGCGGAUCUCCCAUCUUCGAAUCCGAAUCCAUUCCGCCUCAGAUCGUGGCCACCCCGAUAAAGAGGGCUGACAACACAACAGCAUCCGAACGGAAGCCCACAGACAUCCAUUUCGUGAGAAGCCGCAUGCUGUAUGCCAGAGCCACACUCAAUGCCCGAGGACAGGUCCGCUUUGGGUUGAAACAUAUCCAUGCUUUGAAUAGAUUUCCUCUGUCCAAGUCCAGCGGGGGUCCCCCCUCUCCGCGAGAUGACGAAAGAGAGCCCCCAGCAGCCGAUAAUACGGUUCGAAUGAUGAUGUACAUGUUUCCUCGUCAAUUCGGGCUGCAUAAUGUAUUCACGUCUCAUGUCGAUUCGACACAGACAGCCCAGAAAUUUCAGGACUACACCCUGCGAGAGGAAGAAAUACUCAACAAGUUUCGCAAAAGGGAGGGUUGCAUCAAUGCUCUUGAUGUGCGAGUUCCCAGACGACUUAGAGGCACGCCUGAGCACCUGGUGCGGCGUCUGCAAACCUUGCACGCCCGAUGUUCUUAUGUGGAAUUGCUACAACACUACUGCCCGGUUCAUCGGAAGACACCCGAUGGCCAUGCAAGCCGUCAACGCGGUCGCGCUAAGACCGCUUCCGCGGCGAGCAAGCUUUCGGGGAAGGCUCCGAGGGAUCCUAGGAAGUCUCGGUUGACACCUUCCUCCGCGAACCCCUUGACAUUCUCGUCCAUGACGGACCUUGCAACCCCCAUAUCCCAGGUCUCGGCAUUUUGUCAAGCUGUCCUAUCGAAAAUCAUUCCCCACGAGUUCUGGGGUCAUGGUGAUGUCCAGGCUCACAACCGAGGCAUGUUUCUCAAAAACGUUGACAGGUUUGUCAAGCUGAGGCGUUUUGAAACAAUGUCACUCCAUGAGGUCAUGCAAGGCGUAAAGGUCACACAAAUUGAGUGGUUGGAGCCUCCCGGGCCGAAAAACCGCAAAUGUAGCCUGACUGAUUUCCGCAAGCGGAGCGAGAUUCUGUACGAACUCCUCUACUACAUUUUCGAUUCGAUAAUAAUACCCUUGGUCCGGAGCAACUUCUAUGUCACGGAGUCGAAUAAACAUCGCAAUCGCGUAUUUUUCUAUCGGCAUGACAUCUGGAGAUCUAUUGCGGAGCCAGCCAUGGCCGAGCUCAAGGUCAAGUUGUUCGAGGAAGUCAAGUCCGAUGAGGCUCUGAAGAAGCUUGAAUCUCGGCGACUGGGAUACAGCCAAGUCAGGUUGCUCCCGAAGCAAGCCUCGGUCCGGCCAAUCACGAAUUUGCGACGGAGGAUGCUGAUGACCAACGGCAAGAAGGUUCUGGGCCAGAGUAUCAAUACUGUCAUGGGCCCUGCCCAUAGCAUGCUGAAGCUGGAGACAGCCCUUCAUGCAAACCGGCUUGGCUCGUCCAUGUUCUCUGUGGGGGACAUCUACAAGCGCGUUGACAGGUUCAAGCAGCGUUUAGGACACAACGACCAGCCUUUGUAUUUCGCCAAACUCGAUGUGCAGGCUGCCUUUGAUACGAUACCCCAAGCUGCUGUCAUUUCACUGAUUAGAUCAGUCCCGACGCAGGGCAAAUACGACAUGGUCAAGCAUUUUGAAAUACGACCCAACGAGAGUGGGAUCCUGGCCAAGUCAAAGGUCAUGAAAAGAUGGCACAUUUCAGCUAGAGCGGGUGGUGAUAAGUCGACAUUCUUGCAACUAAUCUCGCGUGGUACCAUCCACAGCAAAAAGAACGCAGUAUAUGUUGACAGUGUCUACCGGAUGGCGCACAGCACUCAUGAUCUACUCGCGCUGAUAGACUCGCACAUUCGGGAUAAUCUUGUCAAGAUCGGCAAGAAGUACUACCGCCAGAAAAAUGGCAUCCCUCAAGGAUCUGUCAUCUCCUCGUUGCUCUGCAACUAUUUCUAUGCGGACUUGGAAAAGAAAGAACUGCCGUUUUUGGAAGUAGAAGACUGCCUACUUCUCCGACUCAUUGACGAUUUCCUCCUAAUAACCACAGACAAGAACAAGGCAUCCGAAUUCGUGAGAGUCAUGGUGCGAGGCAUGCCGCAAUACGGCGUCUCGGUCAGUCCCGGUAAAACCCUCGUCAACUUCGAUAUGUCUCUGGACGGCCUGCCAGUGCCCAGGAUCCAGGAAGGCCGCCAAGCUUUUCCUUACUGUGGUAUCCAGAUCGACUGUCACACUCUUGAUAUCACCAAAGAUAGAGGAUCAAGUUCCGCCGCGCCGCUCAGAGACUCCGCGAUUUCAAACUCACUCACUGUCGAGUUCAGCCGACACCCAGGCCAGAACUUUGGGCGGAAACUCAUCAACACAUUCAAGAUUCAGUCAAACAUGAUGUUCUAUGACACGCGGCACAACACAAUGCUCACCGUCCUACGCAAUCUCUACGAAGCAUUCAUAGAGUCAGCUGCCAAGGCGUGGGCAUACCUGCGUUGUCUUCCGUCAGGAAAGCUACCCGGCCCAAGACUCAUCACAGAAUCCAUCUCCAGACUUCUCGAUGUCGCGUACUUGUUGCUGACCAGUCCGUCGAGGAGGCUAAGGCAUCCUCAGUACGAAUGUAAGCUCUCAAAAACGCAGGUGAGAGCCGCAGGCCUACGGGCAUUCCGUUCAGUGCUGGGAAGGAAGCAGGCCAGGUUUGGUGCUGUGUUGCAGUGGUUGGAAGAGCAAGCAGCAGAACUGGCGGCGAAACACAAAGCUCGUGAUCGCCAGGGAGUAGAGUGGCUGCCGUGAAUCUCACCACAUGUGGAGAAUUCAUGUCGUGUCUAGUUGAGUAGCUAUUCCUCGGGCUUCCCCCGUUGGGAUUAAUGUCUAUCCCGCAGUUUCGUGGCAUGCUCCAUCCGGAUGCAGACGCGAACAGUCUUUUUUGA